CUCCUCACCAUUAUUGAGCCCAUCCCACUUCCAGCAACACACCUUGCCAUACUGGUAUGGAAUGAGAGCAUAUCAGCGGCUGCUCCAGAUACGGCAUUACCUGCUUCCUGCUGCUGCUGCUGCUGCCGCUGCCGCUGCAAUGCACGCACGCCAGAUUCAAGGUUCAUGGGCCUUGACAUCCAACUAUUGCCGUCCAGACUUUGUUCCCGAAUACCUGGCAGAUUACUGCUGUGCAGUACAGUACAGUACAGUACAGUACACCUCCUGUUGAGAUGGCUACUGCGUGUGGAUGCAUGGAUGCAUGCUGGCAUGACAGCUGCAGUAGGCACAGCUGCACAUAACACAUAGGUACCUACACACAGCACGGCCGGCUCUGAUUCCCUACCUUACUCUACUUGCAGGCAGGUACCCAAUCCAGUCCAGGCCGGCCUGUCUCUCCAUCCAGUUAAGUUGGUCCCAUUUAAAGACAUCCCUCCUCCAUGCUGCCGCAGUGCGGACAGCAGUGCGGCAGCAUCAGCGCAUCGGAAGUACCCCAGCCUGCCUCGCCUUGCCUUGCCUUGCCUUGCCUUGCCUUGCCUUGCUUUGCUUUGCUUGACCUGCUUAGCCUUGUUUGCUUUCCCUUCCAAGUCUUCCACUCGUCUUCCACUUCUUCUUGACUUUUCUUUUUGCUCUACUAGCUAUCUGCCGUAUCUACGACCUCGCUCUCGCAUGUCCAAUUGCACGGCGCCUCAUGCCACCGAAGUCCUCAUCUGACCUCCCCCCCACCAUGCCGAGCUUCUCCUUCUUAAAGAGCUCAAAAGGGGACCAGACGCGGCCCCGACAGUUGGCUGAUCCCCAUGACAGCGGCGUGCAGCUCAGCAAUGAUAGCGUGGAGAAGGUGCAAAGGACGCAGUCGAAGCGCGCCUACUUCCGUAGCCUGCUCAAGAUCUCCAGCCCCUCCUCGGAGUCCAAAGCGAAUCGACGGAAAACUGGGCGGUUCACAGUGAGUCAAGCAUUGGAUCAGUGUGACAUACAGCAAUUGGCUGACAUUCGAGUGUAACAGGUUCCAACUACUCAAGAAUCUCCUUCUGCUUCGAAAGGACCAGAUCCCCAGGUCUCACCUAUGGAUAAACCACUGCCUCCUCCCCCUCCUGCCGGCGCCCAAGCGGAAGAUCCUCCCGUCCAGAAAGUGCCAGUCAAGCUGGAACGGAUCAUCAGUCCAAUUGAUGUGCCGGACCUACAUAAAAUCUUCUCCGGCGCACCUCAAUUCUUCGCGCGCGCAGAGGGGCAUAAUACAGGUGCCCCGCACCCGUCUGUUGCGUUUCCAUGGGACGAGGAGCUGAAUAUAAGGGAUUUGACGGACUAUUGGAAGAUCCACGAUGAGGCGUGGGGAUGCGUUACGGCGUGGCCGCAUGUGACAGUGCAAGCUAGCCGGAAACCUGAGGCCAUCGAGGAGAGCCGCGAGAGGCAGAGAGCGAAUUUCCUACCGAGAUGUCGAGAAAGACCGAAUAUGCUCAGUAUGCAGGGACUGGAGAGAGGGACAAUGGGAUACCAAGCAGCACUGGAAAUGGGAGUUGCGGAUGCCUUGGAGAUACCAGAUGAGGAUUCGGAUUCGAGCCCGGAAUACAUAUCCGAACAACGCAGGUUGUUCCUCAAUGGAAAGGAUGGGCUGAGACCAGUUACUGACUCGAUACUUAUUGAACGACUCCAGCAAGUCAGUGAAGUCUACCACGAUGACCCGCUGAAGAACGAAAGGCAAAGUGUGGAAUUGUAUACACAGCUUUUUUCUUUCAUCCUGUUUCCUCCCUCGAGAGUGAUGGAGCAUGAUGAUCCGUACAGUCUGAAAAUACAGAUCGAGGCUCUAGUACAAGUUCUGGCUGCUCCUACGGUUUGGGUCGAUUUUACUCUGGUUGAGUGGAGGAUUAGGCUUGGUCAAAUACUGUGGGGAGUUUCGCCAGACCCUGACCCAGAGGGCGAGGUAUCGGUCAACAAUGAGACAGCUAAAGAUCCGGGUACCGAGAGGUACUGGCUUUUGCUGCAGAUUCUACUCUCAUGUGAGCUUCUGCUGCGGCUGGACGCCAUUUCAAUGCAUAUGGAUCAUGGUGUGGAGGCUGCAACACCAGUGGAGAUUCAUCGAUUCGAGAAAUUGGCAACAUCGAGCGUAAAAUGGUCUCUGAUUCUUGCACGAGCAUGGUUGGACAACAUAUCUCUGGAGUCACCAGAUCCAGAGACUUUGAAGGAGAAGAAGCCAGCUGGGUGGUUGGCGACCCUCACAGGAACAGGAAAUGCGGAAGCUGUAGCGACUGAUUUGCUCCAGGAGUUGAAAUUCCAUGGCAGACAUCAGACUCGACAGCUUUCGGGACUUCUUCACUUCGCUCGGAAUAUCCAGUGGCCUGACAUGGAUUCUUUGGCGUCAAAGGCAGCUUCUAAUGGAAUUAAUAUUUCGGACAGCGUACAGAACACCCCAGUGGGCACACCACUUUCCAUAUCGACUCAGCUUACCUCGUCGUAUUUCGCACGACGGCCAGGUAUGAACCGAGGGAUGUCGGUACACAGCCAUGUCUCCACCGUUAUCCAUCCAGCUGGAUGGCUUUCGAAUUCAUACCUAAGCGGGUUAAUAUUGCCCGGCGAAGGGUUGAGCCAUUUCCUCAUGUCAACAUUAUUAGAAAACGAUUCAGAGGCAGUCUCUCGCUUAGGCGAAGAAGCGAAUCUCUAUGGAGGUUUCAUAUAUCGGAGCAAAAGUUUCUGGAGUUCAGCGUGCAUUAUUGGGCGGGUUCUGGCGGCUAGAAAAGGCGCUUCGGAGUGUAUGGGUUGGAUUCAAUCAGAUGUCGUACCGAGAGGUACGAAGGAGGGUUGGGUGGAUGUUGAUGUUGAGCCUGAGGUGCCUAUCAAUCCGUCUCAAAAAUCUGACAAACCCAGACUAUGGCAAAAACAGAAUAUCGAGCAUGAUGGUCAUGUUACAGGCGGAGCAGACAUCUCAUCCGCCCUCCCAGGAGAUUUCAUCCUCCCCUCCGACGAAGCCAUCCAAACAGCCAUAUCGGUAACAUUCGAAUCUCUAGACCUUUUUGCAGCAGCAGAUUCGCGCCAUGAGACACCAACCGAGGAAAACUCGACCCCUCUCUCAGGUGUCAGCCUCACUCCGACGAUCAAAACGUAUUCCGCAAUGGUGUGCUUCACUAUCGUCGCUACUGGAGAGGAUAAGAAAGAAGUCAAUAUCGCCUUGAAUCACGAUAUCCAUUUCGUGACGGCACAUCCAUGUGUUCCAUCUCUGCAUGUAGGUAUUCUGAAGACGGCGAUGAGUCCUGGAACUACGCCGAGUCCGAGUGUAAGGUCAGGUAAUCAUGAGACUUUUACGGGCCACCCCCUCCACAAAGCCUACACCUACACCAAAAUCCCUCUCUCCACCCUCCUCACCACCCCCAUCUCAACACCCUUCAACACACUCCUCUCCCCACCACCGAUCAUAUCCCCAGCGCUCUUACCAUCCCACUCCACAACACACACCACAUCCUCCACUAUCCCCAAAGUCCUCAUAAUAGACUGCACAGACGACACAAUGUCUUUCUUCCCAGUCGUACACCGAUCUUCCGAAGCACCGUCUGCGCCAGCCCUGCCUUCACCGUCUUCAUCUACUAAUCAGCCAAAAGAUGGAGUGAUUAGCAUUGGCAUUGAUGGCCAGGAAAGUGAUGCUGUAAAAGAGAAGAAAGCACAUAGAGAGUAUGGAAGUGAUCUCGAGAUGUUAGGCAGAGCGCUUUGUGCUGAGCGUGGGUGGGAUGCGCUGGUUAGUAGGAGGGGGAGGGGAUGCUUGGCUUGUGCGGUUAGGGAGGCGGGGGCGUUGGGGUGGAGGGUUAUUUUGAGGGUUGCGUGAGAGGGGGUAGGGUGGGGACGGCCAGGUGUUGUGGUUUGUGGAUGGUUUCGAUGGGCUAGAACGCGGAGAUGAGAAUAUGAAAUAAUGAGGGUAGUAGGAAAUGGUAAGGCGGUUGGAUUGUAUACGUGUACGCGGAAGUGGCUGUUUGUAUUCUUUUUGAUACCCUGACGAUAGAGCAUGCCUUGGAGGCAAUGGAGCAUAGCGGGGAGUCAGUGGCUCAGGGUUAGGUUCAGGAAAAGAAUAGGAUAAGGUGAUUAAAUGAUGAGAAUGAGAUGAGAUGGGUUUAUGCAUACGCAUACGUUGAUGAUGGAGAUGAAUACAUUUAUAAUAAAAUUACAGUAUAAAAUAAAAUAGUAUAAUAAAUUACAGACAAACAA